AUGACGAGUCCCGAGCAAGAGAAGGAUCUUGAAAGCGAUACAUCUCUGAAGCAUGAUUCUUCGGACAAUAACGGCGAUCUCCCACCUCAGACAUCGAACCCAUCAGAAAUUACUCGCGACCAAAGGGCAAUCUUGAGGGAUACGAGCAAAGGGCAGAGCCCGAAUGAAACACCGUCAUCAGACCUACCCAACCCUCCGAAUGGCGGCAGUACCGCAUGGAUACAAUGUAUCGGGUCAUUCUGCCUGUGGUUCGCAGUCUGGGGACUGGUGAACUCCUCAGGAGUCUACCAAGCCUACUACGAAGACGUCCUCCUCACCAACUCUUCAUCGUCCAGCAUCUCCUGGAUCGGCUCCUUGCAGCUCUUCCUGAUGAUCGGAGGGACGAGUAUCAUUGGUCCGAUCUUCGACAGAGGAUACCUGCGCAGCCUGCUUCUCACGGGCACUUUUCUCAUUGUCUUUGGCUUGAUGAUGACGAGCUUGUGUACCGCGUACUGGCAGUUCAUGCUGGCGCAGGGUGUUUGUAUGGGGUUGGGGAUGUCGUGUCUCUUUGUUCCGCUUGUUGCUGUGCUCCCGCCGUACUUCACUACCAGGCGUGCGCUGGCUAUGGGCAUCGCUGCGAGUGGGAGUAGCAUUGGCGCUAUCAUCUUCGCCAUCAUGUUCCAACAACUACAGCCCAAGAUCGGUUUCGGCUGGGCGAUCCGCUGCAUCGGCUUCGUCGUACUGGCGUCGCUGGCGUUCCCUCUCGUGACGAUGCGGAAACUGGUCACGCAAUCCCCUCCGCGAGCGUUCAUCGACAGGUCAGCGCUGAAAGAGUGGCCGUUCAUCCUGACCCUCCCUGCAAUGUUUCUGGUAUUCUUGGGACUCUACUGUCCUUACUUUUACAUCGAGGUCUUCUCCGUGCAGACGCACGCUGCGAGCUCGGAGAUCACUCAAUACCUCAUCGUCUUCAUGAAUGCGGGCUCUCUGUUCGGGAGACUGUUGCCCAAUAUCUUAGCUGACAAGGUCGGCCCAAUCAAUACCAUCAUAACCAUAGCCUUCAUCACCGGCGCCGUAGGCCUCUCGUGGAUCGGCGUGACGGCGCAACCGGGCAUCAUCACGUUCGGAGUCUUGUACGGCUUCUUCUCAGGUUCGUACGUUGCCCUCACAGCGGUUGUCUGGGCAGCGCUCUCACCGAAUCCACGCGUGUUGGGGACGCGCAUUGCUAUGAUGACCAUCCCGCAGGCUGCAGGGCUGCUAAUAGGCAAUCCCAUCGGCGGCACUCUCGUAAAUGGCUCGUCCUUUUUAGGACUGCAGCUCUUCUGCGGACUUACCGUUAUGUCUUCUGGCUUCUUCUUGGUGGGGGCGAGAUGGGCCCAGAUCAAGGCUGGUGCUGGUUGGAAAGGAUAG